AUGCUUCAUUUACUGCUGUAUGUAACACGUGAUGUGUUAAAAAUAAUCCUUUGCACGUGUGUAUCAAGUUAUAAAUAUGCGGCAGGCUGGGGCGCCGUGGAAAUGCACGAGCGAAGAGCGGUCAGAAAAAAAGGAACAAAGAAAUGUUCUCAUCAUUCGGUGCACCGGGAGGUAAAGCACAUGGAUGAGGAAAGUGCUGAAUCGGUAUCACGAAGCAAAGAUGAAAACGUGUAUGAGGGACAACUGGUUGAAAGAGUUGAGAAUGUGAGCCUAAACGAAACUGCUGGCGAUGAUGAUCUAAAUGUGCAGGAGCUCAUUCUAUGCCAACAAAACAUAGCUGUGAUCCCCCCUGCAGUUGCACGAUACAAGAAUCUAAGAUUGUUGCGAGGCUGCUGUAACAUUUUAAGGCAGAUUCCCAGUUUUAUUUGUGACUUUGCGCAGCUUAAGUAUCUCACGCUCUCGAAUAACAUGUUGGAGUGUCUUCCUGAGAACAUCGGUAAACUCAAACAGCUAGUGUCCCUCGAUGUAAGCAGCAACCGUUUGAAAGAGCUGCCUGGCAGUUUUAGUGCCCUGCAGAAUUUGGCAGAGUUGAACCUGACGAACAACGAAUUCGGUGAGAUACCCCGUGUAAUCGGCUGUCUAAGAACACUGCGCAUACUUGCAAUGGAGGAAAAUGCCAUUAAUGAUGUUCCCGUUGAAAUAAUACGCUUGCCAUAUCUCUCAGUACUCAAAACACGCUUAUUACCACCAAACUCAUCUGUAACCAUCGAGAGCAGCGGGUCUGCAAUGGAUGUCGCUGAAAUUGCAGCAAGACGAGUCAUGGUAAAGCACCUGUACAAAAAAUGCACGUUAAACAUUCACGUUAAGAGGCUUUUGAUGCAGGUUAAGGAAUGUUCGUUCUGCAACGGGCCGUACUUUCGGGUGGAGCACACGGUGGUAAUCAACCAAUGGCACAAUUUUAAGUACAUACCGGUAAGGCACAACAUGUGCAGCCUGCACUUCACGUCCGAGCCAGCUAUGUUCUAUACGCUGUACAUCAGACCAAACUGCCAGGGAUUACGUCCGCGCGAUUCGGGGGAGAGGUUGCCGUUCUCUAUGAUAUUCAACUACCAUGCAUACGGAAAUAAACUGAAGAAGCACAUCGACCAUCAAAAUGAGAGUGAAGGAACAAUCCUGUCCCUGAUAUAUCACUAUAAGAGGCAAUUAAGAAAGGACCAGUAAUUGUAAGGUGUUCAGCUCAGCGCCGGGUACAGCACGGUACAUAGAAUGGCAGUAUCAGUUCACAGAGCAGGACAACCACGAACCUUAGAAAUAAACACAUCUUCUGAUAA